AUGGCUAUGGAAGAUUUCCUUCCUUUCCCUUUCGAGGAGUGGGUCCAGGAACCAGAGGUCAUAAUUGGUCUGGUGAUGGCUGGGGUUGCUCCAGUGGCUGUACCGGCAUUGAUAUGCUCCGAAUUUUGGUUCAACGGCGGCUCGUCAGAUGGUGUCCACAAGGACACAGCAUACUAUCAAGAAGUUGUUCGAACCACUGCGCUUCUUUGGGAAGGAAGCUGUGUCUUCCUCUUGGUGUAUGGCUGUGUCCAAUAUACGACAACUGGUGCCAUGAUUGGAGUGUUCUUCUAUUCUAUUGUGCGGUCGAUUGCCAUGACUAUUGUGACCUAUGCUCGGGUGAAGAAGGAGAGCGCCGGGCACGGUGUGACAGAUGAACCACUAGAGCCCGUCAGUGUGUACACGGACAUCGAAGCCGGCACAUUCCUCAAGUGUGCAAGUGUGUUUGUGCUUCAGAUGUUGCUCUAUGUUUUGCUGUUACGGUGGAUAGCCUCUAAAUCCUUUUCUGAGGAAGAAACAACAGAGCAAGAAUUUGUGCGGUAUGCAGCAGGCUCCGUUGUUGCUACUGUCCAGCGGGUGAUGAGCCAAGGGUUCCACUCAGGCGAGCUAAAGCCGUUUUGGAUGACGUAUUUCUUCAGUAAUCGCGGACACUAUCGUCGACACUAUCACUACCCCAAGAUGCGCUUGCUGAUGUCGUGGAUCGUGAAUGAUAUCCUUUUCACCACUGUAUUUUUGCUCUUGCCGCUCGUGACAAUGGGUUCUGACAACGACAUGGAGUUUGUUAAGGAUUGCACUGCAGUUCUUUUCAUAUCCCAAUUCGACAGCUUCGAGGCAGACAUCGGUGAAGGACAUUAUUUGAGAGCAGAGGCAGCAGAGCGUGAAGACAAGGACGAGAGCCGAGGCAAAGACGCAGCCACAGAGCUUGGUUCCCACACGGCAGAAGCCGUUUCGGACCAAGGUACUGAAGUGCAAGAAGUGCAAGAACAAGCUGGAGUCGAGCAUGCCACGGUUGAAACCAAGAGCAGCAUGUAG